GUCUCGCGUUGCUCUCAAAUUCGGUCGCGAUGUCAUCAUCGAAGGUCUCGAAGAGGCGCCAAGACGCGCCGUAUCACGUGACAGAUCCGGGCAGGGGGGCAGCGGCCGGGUCCACCAGUCGUCAUCGUCGCUGGCUGACUUCAUAUCCGAGACCAACCUCAGUCCUCCACCCCCAACGGUCGAGCUCCAACCUCCCACCUAACCUCUCUCCCCCAUCUCCAUCUCCAUCAGCACCUACACGGCGCUUCCUAUUACUCUCCGAUCCUUUUUGUUUGUUGUGUAUUUUAGUUUGCACACGCUCUUUCAAGACCUCGGAGCUGUUUGCCGCCCUUGAUUCUCGUUACCCCAGCCACCUCGGUGACCAUGAGGAACUCCAUCCUGCUCGCAGCCACCGUGCUGUUGGGCUGCACAUCCGCAAAGGUGCACAAACUCAAGUUGAAGAAGCUUCCGUUGACAGAGCAGCUUGAAUAUGGCGACAUCGAAACCCACGUCAGGGCGCUCGGCCAGAAGUACUUCGGAUCUCUACCAUCGUCGCAGCAACAAACAGUCCUGUCAGAUGAGUACAGUACAACGGGCGGCCAUAACGUUUUGGUCGAUAAUUUCCUGAACGCCCAGUAUUUCUCCGAGAUCUCCAUAGGCAAUCCUCCCCAGAAUUUCAAAGUCGUUCUUGACACAGGAAGCUCAAAUCUCUGGGUUCCAUCUUCGGAGUGUGGUUCCAUCGCCUGCUACCUCCACAACAAGUACGAUUCAUCGGCUUCUUCGACCUAUAAGAAGAACGGAACAGAGUUCGCUAUUCGCUAUGGCUCAGGCAGCCUUUCUGGUUUUGUUUCACAGGAUACACUCCGUAUCGGUGACCUGACCAUCGAGGGACAAGAUUUUGCCGAAGCCACCAACGAGCCAGGCCUUGCUUUCGCCUUUGGCCGCUUCGAUGGCAUUCUUGGUCUAGGUUAUGACACAAUCUCCGUUAACAAGAUUGUUCCACCCUUCUAUAACAUGAUCAACGAAGGCUUGAUUGACGAGCCAGUCUUUGGCUUCUACCUUGGCGACACGAACAAGGAGGGUGAUGACUCGUAUGCUACUUUUGGAGGUGUCGAUAGCAGUUUGUUCUCCGGUGAGAUGAUCAAGAUUCCCCUCCGCCGCAAGGCCUACUGGGAAGUUGAUUUUGAUGCUAUCGCCUUUGGCAACGAGCGUGCUGAACUCGAAGACACUGGUAUCAUCCUCGAUACCGGUACUUCUCUCAUUGCCCUGCCAUCCACUCUUGCUGAGCUCCUUAACAGAGAAAUUGGUGCCAAGAAAUCCUGGAACGGUCAAUACACCGUAGACUGCAACAAGCGCCCAUCGCUUCCAGACCUCACCUUUACUCUAUCCGGCCACAACUUCACUAUCGGACCAUAUGAUUACAUCCUCGAGGUCCAAGGCUCUUGCAUCAGCAGCUUCAUGGGCAUGGACUUCCCUGAGCCCGUGGGCCCUCUUGCCAUUCUUGGAGACGCUUUCUUGAGACGAUUCUAUACCAUGUAUGACUUGGGCAACAAUCUCGUUGGCCUUGCCAAAGCCGGAAACUAAGUUCAACAGAGGUGCGAUUGCUAUGGAAAGGCGGAAGAGCAGAAGAGUUCAGUCAUGUUUCAUGCUUGCACAAUUGACGGCUGAAUACCCUUAUUAAGGUCUCUGUAUACAGCUUCCGAUGGUUUUUCCCUUUUUUUUUUUUUUUAAUUUUUUAUUUUGUUUUUUGCCUGUCUCCCCCAGAUUGUUAUGAGAUUAUUCCUAGGGCCUGGCUACACAUCCUAGGCAGAUAUGCUUUGCUUUCGGGAGAGGGGUUUUAGUUAUGAACAUCAUUUGUUAUAAUGAUAUAGUAGUUAGUCUGCAUAAUUAGUGAUAUCACUAAAUGUCUACAUAAUAUGUUUCUGCGAUCCCCAGCCUGCACACAUGCAUCACUGUUGAUUUGCCGUGAUGCUUCGAGCAAGCGCUGAUUCACCACCACAAUGGCUGGGCCGCGGAGAACAGACCAUCUGACGUGAUGUCAGCUGCCAAGAUAUAGAUUACCGUACUAGUUAAUACAGGAUUGCGCGGAGAUUCUGCAUAGAGACUGGGCCAACAGAUGGAAAAUUACUGUAAUAUAAGUUGCUAGUUGAAACCUU